AACAUUAGACACACGCAUGUUGAACGAAGAGCUUGUAAGAAAUUAGAAGAGAAGUAUUUUGGAUCAGUACCAUAUUAACUCCGAACAAAACAAAGGGAACAUUAAAAACAAACAAACGAAAGAGUAACUAAAAAAUCUUGGUUUACAUUUCUUUGCAACUACGAGUCAGAAUUUGUGUUUAACUGCAAAAUUUAAUUUCACUAUUGGAAUUACCGCCUUGCCAAGGAAUUUCGAGUUCAUUCCCAAAUCUUAUUUUGGGAUCUUGUGCGCUCUGCUUUGGGGAUUAUAUUUAUUGCUUUUCAAAGAAGAAAACUGCAUGGCUGAUGCGAGAAACUAAAGAAGAAGCGUUGAGUUCAGAGAGAAGAGUUCAUGUUUCACAAAAGACGUGCCUUUCAGUUUAACGCUUACUGAAAAAGGUGGAUCUGGGAGAGGGAGACUGUAGUGAAGGAAAGCUUCACUUCCUAUAUUCAGAGCUGGGACAUAUAUUUAUUUUCCCAGGCUCCGUAUUAUUUAUUGAAGACCUGACCCAAAAUGGGACGUCGGUCGCUCAUGAUUGCAGCCAUUCUGUGUGUCAUACUAAGCCAGGGUUUCUGCUCUGGAGUUUUCGAGCUGAAGUUGCAAGAAUUCCUCAACAAGAAAGGAGCGCUGGGCAAUAGGAACUGCUGUAGGGGAGGAACGGCGUCGGGGUUUCAGCAGUGUGAAUGUAAAACGUUUUUUAGGAUCUGCUUGAAGCACUACCAGGCGAACGUAUCCCCGGAGCCACCCUGUACCUACGGCGGCGCAGUUACUCCAAUUCUCGGGUCCAACUCAUUCACUGUUCCUGAAACAAUGGACAGCUCUUUCACCAAUCCCAUAAAGUUUGCCUUCGGCUUCACGUGGCCGGGUACAUUUUCUCUGAUCAUUGAAGCGCUACACACUGAUACCGCAGAUGACCUCUCAACAGAAAACCCGGAACGGUUGAUUAGUAGAGUGACCACUCAGAGGCAUCUUACCGUGGGGGAAGAAUGGUCUCAGGACCUACAAACCGGCGGAAGGACGGAGCUCAAGUACGCUUACCGCUUCGUGUGUGACGAGCAUUACUACGGCGAUGGCUGCUCUGUGUUCUGCCGACCCCGUGAUGAUGCUUUCGGUCACUUUACCUGUGGAGAACGUGGCGAAAUCGUCUGCAAUUCUGGUUGGAAGGGGCAGUACUGCACAGAACCGAUUUGCCUUCCGGGCUGCGAUGAGGAGCACGGCUUCUGUGAGAAACCUGGAGAAUGCAAAUGCAGAGUGGGUUUCAGUGGGCGUUACUGUGACGACUGCAUCCGUUACCCAGGGUGUCUCCAUGGCACCUGUCAGCAGCCCUGGCAGUGCACAUGUCAGGAGGGUUGGGGUGGCCUCUUCUGCAACCAAGAUCUGAAUUACUGCACACACCACAAGCCCUGCAUGAACGGUGCCACCUGCACCAACACCGGGCAGGGAAGCUACACCUGCUCCUGCCGGCCUGGCUUCACCGGGGCCAGCUGUGAGAUUGAGGUCAACGAAUGCUCCGAUAGCCCCUGCAGGAACGGAGGAAGCUGCACCGAUCUCGAGAACACCUACACCUGCACGUGCCCCCCUGGUUUCUACGGCAACAACUGCGAGCUGAGCGCCAUGACCUGUGCCGAUGGCCCUUGUUUCAAUGGCGGCCGCUGUGCUGACAACCCCGAGGGCGGCUACUACUGCCAGUGCCCAAUGGGCUACGCCGGCUUCAACUGCGAAAAGAAGAUUGAUCACUGCAGCUCCAACCCCUGUUCCAAUGGUGCCCAGUGUCUGGAUCUUGUCAACUCGUACCUGUGCCAGUGUCCAGACGGCUUCAUGGGAACGCACUGCGAGGACAACAUGGAUCUGUGCUCCAUGUACCCCUGUCAGAAUGGGGGCACCUGCCAGGAAGGCAUCAACGGCUACACCUGCACCUGCCCGCCGGGCUACGUGGGCAAGAACUGCAGCGCUCCGGUCAGUAGGUGCGAGCACAACCCCUGCCACAACGGCGCCACCUGCCACGAGAGGAACAACCGCUACGUGUGCUCCUGCCUGCCGGGUUACGGCGGCCUCAACUGCCAGUUCCUGCUGCCGGAGCAUCCCCGGGGCCAGCCGGUCGUCGACAGCCCCGACAAGCGGUACUCAGAGGGCGGGGAGAGCGGGGGGUUCCCCUGGAUGGCGGCGUGCGCGGGGGUCGUCCUGGUGCUCGUGCUCCUGCUGGGAUGCGCUGUGCUGGUGGUCUACGUCCGGGUGAAGCUGCAGCACAGGGGGAGGCAGGCGGACCUGCCCGGUGAGCACGAGACCAUGAACAACAUCACCAACAACUGCCAGCGGGAGAAGGACCUGUCCGUCAGCGUCAUCGGCUCCGCACAGGUGAAGAACAUCAACAAGAAGGUGGACUUCCACCGUGACAACGGCGCUGGGGAGAGAAACGGAAAGGUGCGGUACCCGGUGGUGGAUUACAAUCUGGUGCACGAGCUGAAGCCGGAUGACGGUGGGAAAGAGGAGCGGGAGAGGUGCCAAGAAAAGUGCGAAGCAAAAGGCGAACCCUUGGACUGCCAGUCAGAAGAAAAACAAAGAAAACGCUUAAAGAGUGACGCUUCAGAAAGCAAAUGUCCGGAAUCUACGUGCAAGGACACAAAGUACCAAUCCGUAUAUGUCAUAUCAGAGGAGAAAGAUGAAUGUAUAAUUGCCACUGAGGUCUAACGGCCGCGGUGGACCUGCUGGCGUCGUGCUCUACGGGAGGUUUUACUCCGUCAAAUGCUGCUCAAACCAGAGGGAAGGUUUCCUUCACGUGACUGCUGCUGUGGAACUGAGAUGUUGAAACUGACGUUCAGAGUGAGCUGGUCCUCAACUGAAGGAAGCACAGUGACAGCAGAAAAGAGAAGUUGGGCCACACUGGCCCCCGCGUCCUACGUCCCGCCCCGGCCCCCGUGUUCUAAGUCAUUCUUCCACCCUGUUCCCCGAGUUCUACAUCCUGUCCAAUCCCGGCCCCUGCGUUCUACAUUGCGUCCCACCCCUGACCAAGGCUCUGCAUGCUGUUUCCCAGGAAUGUACCUAAUGACCUGUUGCACUGCCUUUGGGGUCAGUCUUACCUCAUUGCACUAAAGGACAUUUGCUUUCAAGAAAAUGUAUUUAACACAAACAAAUAUGACUUGAUCACUGUGUAUGUGAAGUCUGCACUGAUGGCCGUGUGCAUUUCAAAGUAAUCCAACCCAUUCCUGUGAUUUGGUUUGGAGACACAAACACUGCCUUCAAAAAGAAAAAAAAAGUCUUCAAAUACUGUUGUUUUUAAAGUGGUAUUCUUUUUAAUUUAAUUGUAUUUUCCAUUGGUUUGUGAAUUUAUGUAUUUUUGUGGAGUUCAUUUUGAUAUAAUUUAAGUUUUGUAUUUGUUUUGUUGUGCAAAUAUGUAUAAAGGCACUUCAGGUCAAUAUGACUUCGUUUUCUAGUGUAAAUGUAUUUAAGAAGCAUUGUACAGAAUUUAUUGUUAUUGUUUUAUUAUGUUUUGUUAACAAAGGAGAUCGUGAAAAUAUUUUUCCAAAUAAAUAAUUUUAAUUAUUCAAAUUCA